AUGGAAGUGGAGUCACCAACCGUCUGUUGUACGUAUUGGAGUAAACCAACAUCAUUAUUAUUUAAAAGAAGGAGAGGUUCAAAUAAUUCGUUAACAAUCUCAAUAGCUCCAAAACAUCGUCUUCUUAAUAGUCCACCAGUUGAUUGUCCAUCUGAUGAAUAUUUAUUAACAGCAACAAGAAAAUUAACUAUUGAUGAACUUCAUCAACAUGCACAAGAUGCUCGAUUACUUUAUCAUGAAUUUUGGACAAUUCCAACAAAUCAUCUUGAAAAAGUUCGUAUCUGUGGUGCUGGUACUAAAAAUCGAUAUGGUACAAUUAUUGCUAAUGAACAUUCUCGUGUAAAAUUAUCUGAACUACCUGGUGAUCCACUUUCAUCAUAUAUUAAUGCAAAUUAUGUUAAUGGUUAUUUAAAUGAAUAUCAUGCAUUUAUUGCAACACAGGGUCCACUUGCUAAUACAAUCAUAGAUUUCUAUCGAAUGAUUUGGCAAGAACAUGUACCAGUUAUUGUUAUGAUAACUCGUUUAUUUGAAAAAAAUAAAGCAAAAUGUGAAAGAUAUAUACCAGAUAGCCAAGCUAUUCAAUAUGGACCAUUUCAAGUUCAAGUUAAAUCAAUUUCAUAUCAAACCGAUUAUGAAAUACGUCGGUUGAUAAUUGAAUUUGAAAAUGAACAACGUGAAGUUGAACAUUAUUGGUAUACAGCAUGGCCAGAUCAAUCUUGUCCGGAUAUUGCUCAACCAUUAAUUGAACUUGUUAAAAAUGUUGAAAAAAGUCGAUUAGAAUUAUCGAAUUUAAAUAAACAUUCUGGUCCUAUUGUUGUUCAUUGCAGUGCUGGCAUUGGUCGUACAGGAUGCUUCAUUGCAUUGAGUAAUGGUAUAAAACAGCUUGAUAAUGAACAUAUAAUUGAUAUUGUUCGUAUACUUUGUGAUUUACGUCGAGAUCGUGGUGGUAUGAUACAAACAAAUGAUCAAUAUCAAUUUGUUUAUCAAGCAUUAAGCGAAUACGCAAGAACGUUGCAAUUAUCAUCUUGA